UAAACAAUCACAAACUGAGCAUGCGCUUUUGCCCGAUACAAUAAUGGAGGACCAUCCUUACUGCCCGUGGUAAAUUCUGAAUAAAUGCGCUUCUUACUCUGAAGAUCUGAGGCACCAACCAGUUCUCAACAGCUCGAAUUUUUGUCAUUGUGGCAACAUGGCUUCAGAUUCUGCAUCGCAGAAUCCUGGCUGCAGGAUCAUGACUUUUCAACCCACUAAGGAAGAGUUCAAAGAUUUCAGUCGCUACAUAGCCUACAUGGAGUCCCAAGGAGCGCACAGGGCUGGAAUGGCCAAGGUCAUACCACCUAAAGACUGGAAACCCAGGAAAACGUAUGAUGACAUUGAUGACCUGGUGAUUCCCGCACCCAUUCAGCAAGUGGUGACUGGCCAGUCAGGUCUCUUCACCCAGUACAACAUUCAGAAAAAGCCCAUGACUGUCCGGGAGUUCCGCAAGACCGCUAAUACAGACAAGUUUUGCAACCCCAGAUAUGUGGAUUUUGAUGAACUGGAGAGAAAGUACUGGAAGAACCUGACGUUUAACCCUCCCCUCUAUGGUGCUGAUGUCAAUGGCACCCUCUAUGACACAGAUGUGGCCGAGUGGAAUAUCGGGCACUUGAACACUAUCCUUGACACGGUGGAGAGGGAGAGUGGCAUCAAAAUCAAGGGCGUGAACACCCCUUACCUGUACUUUGGGAUGUGGAAGAGCACAUUUGCCUGGCACACUGAAGACAUGGAUCUCUACAGCAUCAACUAUCUGCACUUUGGAGAGCCCAAGUCUUGGUAUUGUGUUCCCCCUGAACAUGGAAAAAGACUUGAGCGUCUAGCUAAGGGUUUUUUCCCUGGAAGUGCCCAAAGUUGUGAUGCCUUCUUACGACACAAGAUGACAUUAAUUUCACCAUCAAUCCUUAAAAAAUAUGGAAUACCAUUUGAGAAGGUUACCCAAGAGGCUGGUCAGUUCAUAGUGACCUUCCCGUAUGGUUAUCAUGCUGGGUUCAACCAUGGCUUCAACUGCGCAGAGUCCACCAACUUUGCCACCCAGCGGUGGAUUGAGUAUGGGAAGCAGGCCACACUGUGCUCGUGCCGGAAGGACAUGGUGAAAAUCUCAAUGGACCUGUUUGUGAGAAAGUUCCAGCCAGACCGCUACAAGUUGUGGCUGGCCGGCAAGGACAACGCGCCCAUCGACCACUCCAAGCCCACCCCGGAGGCGGCAGAGUUCCUGCAGGGCGGCAGGGAACGCUUCCUGGUGGAGCUGCGGAAGGAGGAGGGCAGCGGGGAGAAGACCGAUCAGAUGGAGACGGAGGUGUCCAGCACCACAGAAGGAGAGGAUGAGAGCAUCUCCAAAGAGAAGGCAGCUGUGAAGAGGCAGCAUGACUGUGUGGAGACUGAACAGCAGCAGCAGCAGUCUGAGCAGCUGCAGGAGAAACCUGGGUCCACCCAGGAAGAGGUGGAGCAGAAGAAGGCUCGAAUCUCUCCACCUGAGAAUGAAACCCAGAAGCAGGAUGCCAGCUCAACAGCCCCAGUUGAAGUGCCAGAGCCCCAGCAGCAGCAGCAGUAUGUGGAGCAGAGCGCAGGUGAGGAGCCUCAGAGGACCCAGCAGUCUGUGGCCCACGCAGUCACACAGCCCCAGCCAGGGCAGAAGAGCGCCCCGCAGAUGCCACAGUCCACAGAGCCUGGGGCAAAAGAGGCAGAAAAGAGCGCCGCCCCGAAGCCAACCAAGCCACGGCCUGCCCUGGAGGAAGAGUCCACCGCAGCAGGGCAGAGCUCGUCUGCAGGAGGUGGUAAGGUCAAGGAGGAGCCGCGUGAUGAGGAGGUGCAGGCCUGUAUGGAGCUGAAGGAGGAGAAGUCUAGACAAGGGGAGGCCUCCCAGAUGGAGGGUUCAGAUCAGGCAGCUGCUGUUGCAGAUGAGGUGACUGCUGAGGUGGAACCAACAGAACAGAAGCCCCCUGAGUUGGAACCUUCACGGGUGGGGUCCUCACAGAAGGUGGAACGUUCCGAGGGUAACCCUGAGGAGGAGGAGGAGGAGGAGGAGAAGCCUGCCGCGAAGCUGUCAACAGAAGCGAAACCCGCUGAGGUGGAACCGACCAAAGGAAACCCUUCUGCGGCGGAACCACUGACGCUGCUGCCUGUGAAGUUUGAGCCUCUGGAGACGGCACGAGUUGAGGCAAAGCCUGGCAAGGUGCAGAACGCGAAAGCAUCCAACUGUCUCGCCAGGAACAGGACCUCCACCUCCACCUCCACCGCGUCCCCUCCGUCGUCAUCACCCCCACAGCAGCAGGCCUCCGCCCAGCCACGCCAGCCUCCAGCCAAAGUAGCCAAAGCCAAGACCGCAGCACCAGUGCCCACCCCAGUGCCCAAGCAGGAGCCUGAUCUGCUCACGGGGGCGCCAGCAGGCCCCAGCGAGGCCGACACCAACACCAAACCGGCCCCCUCCUCUGCCGUCUCAGUCAGCCCGGCCCCAUUGAAUGCCCCUGCCCCUGCCGCUGCCCCGGCGCCCCCUAGCAGCAGUCCGGUCCAUAGGCUCUUCCAGAGGACGCUGAGUCCGGCGGAGGUUCUGCACGUCCACAGCUACGCCAAAGGAGACUACUGCAGUGAGGGCGAGACGCCGCGCAGGGAGAACAGGAACAGCGUCGGGGACGACAGCGACCCCGAGGAUGAUGACGAGGAGGAGGAGGAUGAUGAUGACGAAGAAGAUGACGACGAGGAUGACGAUGAUGACGAAAAGAAGGGAGUGGACGACAAAGCGGAGACGGAGGGAGCGUCAGAGCGACUGUGGAAACUCCCCCGUCACCAUCCACUCAUAAAAGACAGCAUGAGUGACGAAGAGCUGACGGAGCCGGGGGUGGCGGAGGAGGAGGUGGUGGAGGGGGAGGCCUGGGCACGGCCGCUUGCCCACCUCUGGCAGAACCGGCCCUACAGCCUGGAGAAGGAGAAGGAGUUCAACCGCAGCAUGGCCCAGCAGCGUCCCUACUGCGCCAUCUGCAUGCUCUUCCAGACCUACCAGCGGACUGAAUGUUUGGACACCGACCCCUCAGGUCCUCUGGUGGGCCCAGCCAGUCGUCAGCGGACCAAGCCCCUGAUCCCUGAGGCCUGCUUCACCACCACCACAGAGGAGUCGGCUGAGGCCGAGCUGACGGCACCGUACCUGGAACCCGAUGGCACCAGCCUGCUCGUCACCUGUGCCAUGUGCAGCGUACGCGUCCACGCCAGUUGCUAUGGCGUGAACCCACACAGUGUGACCAAAGGUUGGAAGUGUGCCCGCUGCAAGGCCAACGCCAUGACUGAGAGCUGCUGCCUGUGUGCGCUGAGGGGAGGUGCCAUGCACAGAGCCAACAAUGACAAGUGGGUGCAUGUCUUGUGUGCAGUGGCUGUGCUGGAGGCGCGCUUCGUGAACAUCACCGAGCGUUCCCCUGUGGACCUCAGUGGCAUCCCCCUGCAGAGAUUUAAACUGAAGUGCUACUACUGUAAACGGCGGAUGAAGAAGCCCUCGGGGUGCUGCGUGCAGUGCUCUCACGGCCGCUGCCCCACCUCAUACCACCCCACCUGUGCCCAGGCUGCGGGCAUCCUCAUGCAGCCCAACGACUGGCCCUUCGUCGUCUACGUCACCUGCUGCCGGCACAAAGGCCCCGUCCAGGCCGAGCGUAACAAGGCAGCCCUGAGAGAGCUGACCGUGGGGCAGAAAGUCAUCUGCAAGCACAAAAAUGGACGCUACUACCAGUGUGACGUUGUGCAGCUGUACAAGGAGACCUUCUAUGAGGUCAACUUCGAUGAUGGCUCCUUCAGUGACAACCUGUUCCCUGAGGACAUUGUGAAUCGAGACUGUGUUCAGCUGGGUCCUCCUGCCCAGGGUGAGGUGGUGCAGGUCAGGUGGACAGACGGCCUCGUCUAUGGAGCCAAAUUUGUGGCAUUUCACGUCAUCCAGAUGUAUCAGGUGGAGUUUGAAGAUGGCUCCCAGCUGACGUUCAAGAGGGAUGAGGUCUACACCUUGGAUGAGGACCUGCCAAAGAGAGUCAAGUCCAGACUGUCCAAGGCAUCGGACAUGAGGUUUGACGAGAUGUUUGGCGAGAAGAAGGUCCAGGAGACCAAAAGGCAGCGGGUGAUCAACUCCAGGUACCGGGGGGACUACAUCGAGCCGGUCAUCUACCGAGCCAUCAUGGAGUAGCCGGGCGGGAGCACACACCCGCUGUCUGGAAGGUUCCGCUCCACCACCGCCUGACUGAUCACCAGCACUGAUGAACCAGGACUCUCCACUGGAGCUCCGCCGAACGAGUGGGCGUCAUGACGAUGACUCGUGUCUCUCUCGACUUUCUCUUUGCUUCUUCCUGAUUCUUCCGAGGAGAACUGUGAACAUAUUCAGACAUAUACACACGCACACACACACACUUUACACACAACAACCCAAUCGAUUUGCAGCAUUAUUUUAAUCUUGUGUUCUGUUGGUAGUGAGCCAUAAGUGCAUCUGUUGACCCGGAGUAGAGAGGUGGAGGUGGAGUUGUAACUCGCUUAAGUAACUCGAGACUCUUAAGUCAGGUAGCUCUCUUAAGGCUCGUCCCUCUCAAGACCCAGUGCCUUCCGGACUGGACCUUGAGUUCUGAGCGGGAGUCCACCUCUAGUAGGCAUGAGUUCUGUUCAGGUCUGGUUCUGCCUCUGGUUCUUUAAAGCAAUGGCUCUGCUCAUUCAAGCAGGAGAAAAGAAAAGGCAUUACGUUUUAAAAGUGAUGGUGAAGAUAGUGUUUGUGUGGAAAGGCUUACCAGGUUCUAGUUCCCUUAACAAAUGUUCGAAACGGAGAUGUUCUCUGCAUUUCAAAGAAUGUUGCCUAUCGUCAAUCAGUUUUACGUAUUUAUUUUUUUUAAAAGCUCCUUGUCAGGGAGUGUUUUCUGCCUGUGAGUAUAGGAGGUGUAGGCGUUGCCAUUUAACUAUACACACCACCUCUUGGCAGGAGUCCAAUGUCAACAGAUGACCGCAUUCCCGAACAAUGUACAUUAUUAUAUUAGGAACAUAAUGAAUAUAGCGUUUCCAUUUUUAGAGGUUGUUUUUGCUCGUUUUUUUUACCAACAUAUUUAUUAUAUGGUGCUUUAUGAAAUUAACCUUGGCAAUACAAUUGUGUCAGUUACUAUGCUGUAAGUUUGAGGUUCUGGACCGAUUGUUGUACGUCCUAUUUUUGCUAUGAAGAUCUUCUGGAGAGAACCCCCUUCCAGUGAAAUGCCACGGAUUUCUUUUACACUCCGCCAAGAUCCUUCCUCUUUUAAAUGAAAGCUGUGCUUCGCUCUCCUGAUCUAAGUCCGACUUUGACUGGACCGUUUUAAUAGCAACAUGCAGCCAUUGCAGUUCGCUUUCCUUGAGAUGAUGAAAUUUAUUUUCAAUGCAUUAUUUUUGCACUCAUAUUAAUAAUAAUAUUAUUAUUAAUAAUAAUAAUCUAUAUUUGUUGCUUCCCGGCAUAGCCAAGUUCAAAGUUUGGAAGAUGCACUUAACGUGAGGACAUCGAGAGGCCUUCAGCUGUCCCAUCGUUUGCCUGUAUAUUGACGUCUAGUGUGUUUGUCAGAGUCCGUAGUGCUGAUGGCCAUAGGAGAUAACAAUCGAUUUAUCAAGGCCCACUUUUAAAUGCGAGAAUUGUAGGCCGAUCGCUAUCUAAUAUCACCACAGAGAGCCGUUCUAAAUGGAAAGAAGUUUUCUAUUUUAAAAUAGCUAUUUUAUUGCUUUGUUUAUAUUUUUCAUGUUCUGUGUCCUUAUACAGUAUACUGUGUGAUAAGACCUGUAUGUAGUUUAUUUAAAUAUGUUGAGCUGUCAACUUGUUUCAGCUGGAAGUGGAUGUUUGUCGGCUGCUUCCUGUUUUUAGCUUUGCUCAGACGUGGUCCCCCAUCCCUGGCCUGUUGGGCAUGGAUGCCAGUCUCUCUCACUCAGAGCAUCAUUCAUGAAUUUUUGUAAAGACCAUCAGUUUGUGUCAGUAAAAAGAUAUGGGCAUACACGUUC